AUGUCGCUCUCUCGAUUACUCAACAACAAAUCAAGCGUGUCGAGUAGCGCCGCAAUAACUGCCGUAGCAUCAGGCAGCGGCUUAACCGAGUCGACUGCCAGGAAGCGAUCUCGAGCCAGUCGAGCGUCCGUCUCGUUCCAUGAUGACCUUGAUGGCGACGAGGAAGGCUCAUCGGCCAGAAGGGUACGUAACACACGCGAAGAAUCUUUCGUGGGCGCCUUUGACUGAUUGUCUCUCCAAAUCCUCUUUGACGACAUUCCGUCACCCCAAUUAGUCCUCUCGGCGCUCGAUCCAGCCCAAGCGCUACAUCGACGAUAUCUAUGCCGACAUCGAGGACGUGGCCGACACCUCCUUUGACCUCAACUCGAGUCGGAACGGCAACGAAGCAGUCGCUCUGCCCGAAGCUGACGAAGACUCGGACUCGGACUCGGAGACGUUGCUCCGCGCGACGGCCCACAUCUGGCGCGAGCCCCUCCAAGCCUACCUUGAUCGGAUCCACGCCGAGCGCCAACAGCUCGAACAGGACUGGAUAGCGAACGAAGCGAGUCGACACUUUGCGACGGCGGCGAGGAUCGCCAACUUUACCGAGCGAAGGAUCGACGAGAUGCGAGCGAGGAAAGAGGCUAAGUUGCUAGAACGCGAACGAGAGCUACAGGCCGCCGCCAGGCUCGCCGAGCAGGAGCGGCAGAGGAUCGAGUUCGAGGCCGAACGCAACGCCAUCAAGGAGCGAGAGAAAGAGGACCGACUCAGGAAGCAACGAGAGGCGGCGAAACGGAAGCGCGACGAGGACAGGGAGAAGAAGGGCAAGGACGAGGAGGCGCGCAAGAUCCGGUCCGAGAAGGACAGGGAAGCGCGAAGACUCGAGUUUGAGCGCUGGGAGGCUUUAACGCCGGAGCAGCGAGCAGAGGAGGAGAAGCUUUACGGCGAGCGGUUCAAGUUUGACAGGGACGAGAUGUUGAACAGGUUCGACUUGGAUCAGUACGGUAAGGGGGCCCGGAAGAAGAAGCGACUCGAGAACGACGACCCAUCUGGCCUGGGCUACGAAGACGGCGAUCUCGAGGAAGAUGUCGACGAGCUUGCCGAGGGGACGCAUGGUCUAUCUCGGGGAGCCAAUGGCGCUUCGAGCCACGACAUGCUACGGCAGAACUCGAGUCAUCUGAUGCAGUCACCGACAUCGUCUCGCGCUGGAUCGAACGCCCCCGGGUACGCAUCCGACGAUGUCGACCACGACUCUGCACGUGACCUCAACUCUUCACCCGUCAAGGUCAAGAAGACCCGAUCGGCCGAGGAGCUCGAGCGCAAGCUUUGGAUACACAUUGCCAAGCGCGACAUCCCCAAAGUCUCCAAGAUCCAACAACAAUCAUCGCAGAGCCGACAGUUCUUCGCCAAGCGCGUCGGGUCGAUCGUUGCGCGUGAGGCCCGACGGGCGGCGACGAGGACCAAGACGGUCAAGGACGUGCAGGUCAGGGCCAAACGUGUCGUAAGGGAGAUGAUGCUGUUCAUGAAGGGCAAUGAAAAGCGCGAGCGCGAGUCGCGCAAAAAGGCUGAGAAGGAGGCGCUCGACAAGGCCAAAAAGGAGGAAGAAAUGCGAGAAGCGAAACGACAGGCUCGCAAGCUCAACUUUCUCAUCACACAAACGGAACUAUAUUCUCACUUUAUCGGGAACAAAAUCAAGACGAGCGAGGCCGAGGACUCCGAGGACACCGCGAGUGAUGCCAAGAUUGCUGCACCGGCAGAGUCGAACCCGUCGGUGAUCGCGGCGCUAGCCAAACCAGCCGCUUCGAACGGCGCUCUCAAGGACCUCGAUUUUGACGUCGACGACGAAGCGAACGUCGCCGAGCACGCUCGGAGGGGAGCCCAGGCUGCUGUUGACGCGGCCAAGAAUGCCGCAUCCGCCUUUGAUGCGGCCGCGGGUCAAGCCAAACCUGCAAAUGGCGCCGAGGGGCUCAGCUUUGACGACUCGGAUGACCUCAACUUCCAGAACCCGACGAUGACGGGCGCUGCGAUCGUGACGCAGCCCAAGAUCUUAACAUGCACACUGAAGGAGUACCAGCUCAAGGGGCUCAAUUGGCUGGCGAAUUUGUACGAGCAAGGUAUCAACGGCAUUCUGGCUGACGAGAUGGGUCUCGGGAAAACGGUCAGUGCUGGCUUAUCUCCCGACCUCCACGCACGAUGUUCUUGCUGACCGUGCCGAUUCAUGUACAGGUACAAUCCAUUUCAUUGAUGGCCUACCUCGCCGAAGUCCACGACAUCUGGGGACCCUUUCUCGUCAUCGCCCCGGCCUCGACACUGCACAACUGGCAGCAAGAGAUCACUCGCUUUGUCCCUGCCCUUAAAGCGCUUCCAUACUGGGGCAACACCAAGGACCGUGCAAUCCUGCGCAAGUUUUGGAACCGCAAGUCGCUCCGAUACGACAAAGACGCGCCCUUUCACAUCCUCGUCACCAGCUACCAGCUCGUGGUGCAAGACGAGAAGUACUUUCAAGGCGUCAAGUGGCAGUACAUGGUGCUGGACGAAGCGCAGGCGAUCAAGAGCUCGUCUUCGACUCGUUGGAAGACACUACUCAGCUUCAAGUGCCGCAACCGACUCUUGUUGACAGGCACCCCGAUUCAAAACUCGAUGCACGAGCUGUGGGCACUGCUCCACUUUAUCAUGCCGUCGCUCUUCGACUCGCACGACGAGUUCAGCGAAUGGUUUUCCAAGGAUAUCGAAGGCAACGCGGAGAACAAAGGCGCGAUGAACGAGCACCAACUGCGACGGUUGCACAUGAUCCUCAAGCCGUUCAUGCUGCGACGUAUCAAGAAGAACGUACAGAAUGAGCUGGGUGACAAAAUCGAGAUCGAUGUCUACUGCGAUCUGACGCCCCGACAAAAGGCGAUGUACCGCACCCUUCGCGAGCACAUAUCCAUCACUGACCUCGUCUCGCGCGCGACGAGCCUCAACGAUGAUGACAGUGUCAAGCGACUUAUGAACUUGAUCAUGCAGUUCCGCAAAGUGUGCAACCAUCCUGAAUUGUUCGAGCGCGCCGACGUCACGGCUCCCUUUGCUUUCGCCAACUUCCCCGUCACGUCGAACCUGGUGCGUGACCCAGAGAUGCUCGAAGUGGCUUAUGCAACUCGAAGCGUUAUCGAGUACACGAUCCCCAAGCUGCUGUACCGCGAUGGCGGACUCUUGAACGUUCCCGGUCAAAACUCCCGUGCCGGCUCCGACUCGCUCCACCUCGACCGUCUGCUCAACAUCUGGUCACCCGAUUACAUCCAGCGCUCGCUUCGAAAGGGCGAGUCGACCUUUGCGUUUGCCCAAAGCCUUGAGCUGAGCCCGUCCGAGCUCAGCAAGGUCGCGCUGGCCCACGAUGUCAUUCGGAUCGGCCUCGCGCUCGAAAACGAAGCGAUGAAGAGCCUCCGAGACGACUACGAUGCUAUGAGUCUUGAAGGGGCACCGUCAGCACCGUUCUCGCUCGUGAUUCCGAACAAGACGGCCUCGCUGUCGAGCAACAUUUCGUGGCGCGAAGGCGGUCUGGUCCCCUUAGCCGAGGUCGAACAAGAACACCGAGCCCACUCGAGGCUCGCCAAACCUGACGCACGCUUCUACAUGGACAAGGUCGUGGCGCCUUCGAUCGACGUUGUGUGCAGUGACCGCUCGUUCGCGUACGAUCAAGAGCGCCAACGCUUCGAUCCUCUCUUCUCAGCCGCGAUCUAUGGUCUUCCCGGCUCAUCACAUAACUCGACGACGGACAUUCAGCGGUUCGAGUCGGCACUACCCGGCCUUCCUGCGCAGGGUGUGCUCGGGGCUUCUUCGUCGGCACAAUUGCCCUUCCCGCCUAUGCAGGUGCCCCAACUGCACAAGCUGAUCCUCGACUCUGGCAAGCUCGCCAAGCUCGACUCGUUACUGGCCGAGCUCAAAACGGGCGACCAUCGCGUGCUACUUUACUUCCAAAUGACGCGCAUGAUUGACUUGAUGGAGGAGUACCUCGCGUUCCGGCAGUACAAGUACCUGCGCCUCGAUGGUAGCUCGACCAUCUCGGAGCGUCGUGACAUGGUCAUGGACUGGCAGACCAAACCCGAGCUCUUCAUCUUCUUGCUGUCGACACGCGCCGGUGGUCUCGGGAUCAACUUGACGGCUGCGGACACGGUCAUCUUUUACGACUCUGACUGGAAUCCCUCGGUGCGCUCAUCUCUGAUCUAGUGUCGUGGCUCUGUGACCAAGCUGACCUCUGCCCCCUCUUGCCCCAACAGAACGACGCUCAAGCCAUGGAUCGAGCUCAUCGAUUGGGUCAGACCAAGCAGGUGACAGUCUACCGCCUCAUCACCAAGGAUACUGUCGACGAACGUAUCGUACAGCUUGCUCGCAACAAGAAGCUUGUCCAAGAUGCGGUCGUACAAUCAUCGUCGGGCCUGGGUCCGACCGACUCCGGUGCCAAGACCAAUGAGGUCGUCUCGUUGCUGCUGGACGACCAGGAGCUGGAGGAGUCGAUCCGGAACGCCGAAAUCAAGCGCAAGAAGGCGGAAGAGAAAGCUAAGGAGGAUGGACACCGAGGUGUGAGGAUGAGGGAAGAGGCGAAGCGGCAGAAGAAGGCCGCUGCGUUGGCGGCAGCGAACAAGCCUUCAAGGUGGGAGGCCGAGGACGAUGAGGAGGAUGCGUUCGGGUUCUUUGCGGCCAACAAGGCCGUCGUCGCUGAGGAUGAGGAUGGAAUGACAUCGCUGGUGGCGACGCCGGGUGAAUCGGGGGCGGAUAGCGUCAACCCGACCAAAACCAAGGGUAAAGGGGGACGAAAGUCGACGGGCGGGGCGGGCGCUUCCAAGGCCAAACGCAGGCGGAGCAAGGUGUAG